AUGCACUGGGGGGUUGGCUUUGCCUCGUCCAGGCCGUGCGUGGUGGACCUGAGCUGGAACCAGAGCAUCUCUUUCUUCGGCUGGUGGGCCGGGUCCGAGGAGCCCUUCUCCUUUUAUGGGGACAUCAUCGCUUUCCCUUUGCAGGAUUACGGUGGGAUCAUGGCAGGGCUGGGCUCGGAUCCCUGGUGGAAGAAAACCCUUUAUUUGACCGGGGGAGCUUUGCUGGCCGCGGCUGCGUAUCUGCUCCACGAACUCCUGGUCAUUAGGAAACAGCAAGAGCUUGACUCCAAGGAUGCUAUUAUUUUACAUCAGUUCGCAAGACCUAAUAAUGGGGUCCCCAGCUUAUCUCCUUUCUGUCUGAAAAUGGAAACCUACUUAAGAAUGGCAGACCUACCCUAUCAGAACUAUUUUGGUGGAAAGCUCUCUGCUCAAGGAAAAAUGCCUUGGAUUGAAUAUAACAAUGAAAAAGUGUCUGGCACAGAGUUCAUAAUCGACUUUCUGGAAGAGAAACUUGGAGUGAACUUAAACAAACACCUUGGCCCUCAUGAAAGAGCCGUCUCAAGAGCCGUCACCAAGAUGGUGGAAGAGCACUUCUACUGGACGUUAGCUUAUUGCCAGUGGGUGGACAAUCUCAAUGAGACCCGGAAGAUGCUGUCUCUUAGUGGUGGUGGUCCCUUCAGUAACCUGCUCAGGUGGGUCGUGUGCCACAUAACAAAAGGAAUUGUGAAACGGGAGAUGCACGGCCACGGCAUUGGCCGCUUCUCGGAGGAAGAGAUUUACAUGCUGAUGGAGAAGGACAUGCGGUCUUUAGCGGGGCUUUUGGGUGACAAGAAGUACAUCAUGGGGCCUAAGCUUUCCACUCUUGAUGCCACUGUCUUUGGGCACUUGGCACAGGCAAUGUGGACUUUGCCAGGGACAAGGCCAGAGCGGCUAAUCAAAGGGGAGCUGAUCAACCUCGCCAUGUACUGUGAGAGGAUCAGGCGGAAGUUCUGGCCUGAGUGGCACCAUGAUGACGACAAUACCAUCUACGAGUCCGAGGAGAGCAGCGAGGGCAGCAAGACUCACACACCCAUGCUGGAUUUUAGCUUCUACUCAAGGACAGAGACCUUCGAAGACGAGGGGGCUGAGAACAGUUUUUUCCAGGACGCCAGACACGGAUUUCACGGGACACUCUCUCUUUGA